AUGGCUAAGCUCGGGGCUAAACGUCCCAGCGGAGUCGGCAAGACUUUUUUCCAGAGCCUGGUGCCAUAUCUCCAGAAUGGCCUUCUGUCAUAUUCUGUCGUUCAGGUUGUGGGCCAGUGGUUCCAGGAUGAACCACAUCCAUCUCGGCGUAGAUUUCCCGCUGGCCACUGCGGUAUAUAUUUAGGGCUUUUCAGCCAGGAGCUUCGUAAAGACGAGAAACGGACGCUGGGCCAUGGCCUGAGCGGCGUUUUGGUGGUGUUCCCUGUAGAAUCAUUGCAGCCGUUCUUGCCUGAGUUUUUCAUUUCGCAAGCCAAUCAGCAGAUCCAGAACGAUAUUCAGACGUUGCGCUCGGUGACGAAAAACCUCCUUUCGACGCUUUCCGUGGUCAAGCCGAAAAGAUCGCUCAAACAGCUCUACCUGCUUCGUACUUUCUCCACUACUCCACACAAUAACCGGAGCAGAUUGGCAGAGGUUCCGGAAUUGGAGACAAUUGCGCAUCCAUCAAAGUCGGCGCAGCCACAUAAGCCGGUCGUCGUCAACACCCCACUCGAAGCUGAGCAGCUGUCUGUUGCUGAGGUCGAGCUUGAGGAUGACUUCGAAGGAUCGUUUCUUGCAAACCAACUCAACAGAAUCGUGUCGAUCUAUGAGAACUAUCAAGAUAGCGCCGAGCUUGACACCAUUUACCCGAUCUACCAGUCGCUCCACAGAAAUGAUAUAGACCUACCAUCCAUCGAGGAGUACAACAUCGUGUUGAAGUCUAUUUGUCUCAGAUCUUUGGACAAUGAUGGCUCCGCCAAUAGCAUAGAAUCCAAACUCACAUCUUUGUUGACUGUGUAUCAGGAUCUUCUCACCGCAUGUACUCACAACGAGAGUAUCCUUCCUAAUGCUGACACUUACAACAUCAUACUUCCUGCCGUGUUUGAUGGUGCUAUGAAAACGAUUCAAUUUUCGAACGAUGCAUCCGUCUCUUCGCAUAAAUAUUCUGUCGCAUUGGGUAAGGCUAUGGACUACUUACAAGUUGGUUCCAAUCUAUUCUUGUCGAUCAAGAAUAAGAAGGGCCUCGAUGCUAGCUCGAUCAUCACUCCGCUACUUGCUGGUUUGGUAGUGUUCCCACAUUUAUUGACGAAGCAGCUCUCCACACUUUUGGUCUCGUACUCGGAAAUCGAGUCGGAACGCUAUGAGUUCUACCGUGAUUUUAUUCUCGUGGCCACUCACUUUUCGAAGGAGGACACAUUGAACAUGGAUAAACGGCAAAUAUAUGACUUCGUAUCCUCUGUCUUUGCUGGAUACAAGCAGCAGUUGCAGAAUGCAAAUGGUCUUAUUGAUGGUGAAUUCGAGAUCUAUGGGGCCAUGGUGGAGACUCUACUUGCUACCAACAACAAACCUGUUGCAACAAAGUUCCUCGACCAAAUUUUGAUUGAUUUCAAAGAGCAGUUGUUAGCAGGCAAUAAAUCAAACAUGGAAAAUAUGUCUGCUCUCAUUUCCACCUAUUUGAAGUCUCUUAUGGGCUAUGAUCUGGAGUCAGAUUUGCUCACCAGCUAUCAAUUACUUUUGAGAUUAAGGGACAUCUCUUAUCUCCCCGAGGUGACUGCAAAUGUGUACAAUGAGAUGAUUAACCGUUUCAUUCAUACAUACUCAAAGCUCGAGUAUGAGAAGCAAAACACGAAGUCUUCUCAGGUGUCAGAAAAGCAGUUAAUGAUUUAUAAGCAGAUCUGGCAAUUGUACGAGUAUGCCGUAAUUCGCAAAGAUUUUCAAACUACAAGCUGCAAGGGGUCUAAUUCGCAUCAGUCAGUUUCAUGCAGAGACUCAUUACUCUCACUUAGUCUUGACUUGGGUGAUCAUUCAAAUAUUGCCCGUUUGAUUAAGGAAGUUUUAGUGAAAGAUCACGUAAUUGGCGACUGGAACGUGUCUAAGAAGCUUUGUCAAUACCUUUAUAAUGGUGUCAUGGUUCAUGGUGACAACUAUCAUUUGAACCUUCUCUGGACUGUUGUCGAGCAACAAGCAAGACACUAUGCCAAAGAUUCUACUGAACUCAACAGUUUCUUGUCCGAGCAUGCCAAUUUCUUGCUUGGGAACAACUCCAUGACCUUCAGUUUAGUUCUUAACCUGAUGAUGAUAUUCCAUUCUUUUCAAGGUUUCCAGCUUCUUUCGGACAACGCUUAUGGUUUAAUGACCAUCUCCUCAUUCUUGUUCAACGAGGCUCUGAAGAGACAGUUGUCCCAAUCUGAGACAAUCAAGAUUCUUCAAUACCAAUCACGUCUAAUCAAUGAGUUUGAAGAUCCCGACAAUCACUACACUGAGCUUUGUCCAGAGCUCGUUGAGCUUAAAAGCAGCUGUUCAUCUUGGUUUACCAAAAUGUUUGGUACUUUGGAAGCUGGUGCUACUUUAACGCCAGACAUUUUACAAGCUUGUUCUAUGCUAGGCCUAGACAACGGAAAUGGUGAAGCUGGUGUUCUCUCGCCUAUACAUUUCGAAUUAGAUUUGUCAGCACAAUUAAAGCUUGAUGAUGAUGUUUCCUUUGGCCUGUUCGUCGACUACUUCAAUCAAGGAUACAGCUUCACCACUCUUACUUGGAUGUCUUUAGCAACUCAAAAUUUUGCAAUGACCGCCUUAGAAAAAGAAGACCAGAUUCUAAUUUCAAAUCUUGCUUCGAGGAUUGAACAAAGCAAAGAUGCUUCUACCAUAUUUGCUUCGUUCAUUAACUUGAAAAAUGACAAGGUCACUAUUAAGCUUUUGCAGCACCUUUUGCAACAAAAAAAUCUGGAAGUACUUAGCUCUUCAGUUGUUUUGAAUGCGAUGACUUCCCACGCUACUUGCACUGACAAUGAAUAUCUCUUAGACCUCAUCGCCACAAACGUGAAUUUUUUCUAUUCUUCGAAUGAUUCGCCUGAUUGGACUGCGGAGCUUUUCAACAAAUUGAAUAACUCCGGGCGGUCGAAAGUCGUGGUGGCAUUCUCAGGGACAUUUAAUGAAAAGCUUGCCAAUCUCGAUUUGAGUCAACAAGCCUCUGCAAAGUUGUUUUGCUCCAUUGCUGAUGCUUGCUUGAAUACAAGAAACACCGAGCAGGCUGGCAACUUGUUCCGUCAACAUCUUUCGGGAGCGGAUCGGAACAAAACUCUCCUCGAAUCCAACCAACUUCUUACAUCACUUUUUAACUAUUACAUUGCAUGUGGCGCACACGAGGUCCUUUUGAACAAAUUUGGAUCACUCAAGGGUCGCUCACCUGAGUUGGAUCAAUUGUUUGAGUUUUCAGUGCUCUUGAACUCUCUUGGCGGUGUUUCUUCUAACUACACUGCAAAGAUUGACACUGAACAGAAGCUAGCUCUUGCAAUUUUGUCGGAACCAGAUGUUAUGAAGAUGAAAGAGCUUUUUGACACCUACUCUCGACUUAUCCAAAAGAAAUCAUCUUUCUUCGAUUUUAUGGUUCUCACCCUUACCAAAGCGGCCAAAUUAGUGAAACCACAACAUCAUGAACAAGUGAUUUCAAGAUUCGAGGCUAUCAUCAAGCUUUGUAAGGUACUUAAUUUGAAAGAGAUUCAAGCUAAGAGUCUCCUGAAAAUAAUCCAACUCUUGGCAGCAACUCAAUCCAAGAGUUUGUUGAAUAUCAUUUUCAACAAAUUUUUAAUCGAUAACACGAUUCUAUCAACUUUCAACUUUUACUUCUUGAGGGUCCGGAUCUCAUCAUCUCAUGAGUCGAGACAGCUCCUCAACGAGUUCCGCCAGGCUUUAAAGCUUGUUGGCGAUAAGUUGAAUUUGAAAGCGAUCGAAACAUUCGAGAGCCGCCUUGUGGCUGCUUGA